CUCCCUCCAGAGAGCAAAGCCUAGCUGCUGUUCGCUCGGUGGAGACGACAGGCAGAUCGGUGAGCUCGGCCCCCGCCCCACGCGCGCCAGGACCCCUGCCCGGCGUCCCCGGGAUUUCGAGGAGCCCACCCUCUAGUCGGAUCCCCAGUACUGUCUCGUCCCGCUAGGACGGCCCCGGAUUCUGCGAGGAUGAACAUAUGCGACCUGUGGACAGGCUUGAUUGACAGCGAUCCUGUGCGCUUUUGGCUCUGCGGGGUCUCCAAGAAGCACUCCAACUGUGUGCACCUUGCCUGCCCACAGGGAUCCAACAUGCUGGGUUGCAACCCCAUCAGCGUCUGUAACCGUGGUGCCACCAUGGUGGAGGAAGGCAAGUGGCAGGGGGUCUGGUCCUACCUGCACAUCUUCUAUGAGGACUGCACCGGCACGGCGCUCAGCGAUGAUCCUGAAGGAUCGCGGGUCCUGUGUCCCUGCAAACCCUGCCAGCCCUCACUGUGCUGGAAGAUCAGCCUGUCUUCAGGAAGCCUGCUUCUGCUGCUGGGGAUAGCAGCUCUGACCACCGGCUACGCGGUGCCCCCCAAGCUGGAGACCGUCAGUAAUGAACAACUGCCGAUGCUAGAUUCGCGGGCAGCUGACUACAACAAGGCUCUGAGCGCCUGCCGCUUGGCAGGCACGGCUCUCUGUGGGGCAGCCGGGAUCCUGCUGGCCAUCUGCCUCUUGUGGGCUGUGUCAGGCUGGCUAAACCCCGAAGCCAAGGCGGAGCCCUUGGACACUGAAGCCGACAACCAUGUGGAGGUCUUCAGGGAUGAGCCGGAGCAGCAGCUGUCCCCCAUCUUUCAUAAUGCCAGUGAUCAGUCAUGGUUUUCGACCAGCAGGGGCCCCUUAGGGCAAUCUUGCGUGCAGACCGGCCAACCCAAGAGGGACUCCUGAGUGCCCGUGAGGUAGCUCAAGGAGAGAUGAACCCCUUCUUCCUCCCAUCACACAUCACCCUCCUACUGUCCCUCAACUUCUCUCUCAGCAGGACCUUUUCUACCCAAGGCCCCAGAAGGCCCAGCUCCAGGUCAAACUUGGAGCUCGCCUCCCCAUACCCCUGCCCUAAGGUGCCAACUCCUCCCCUGUGGCACUUCUGCUCAAGGCUUCCUGCCCCUCCUCUCCAGGGCCCUUCAGGGGCAGAGGACAUUUCCCUCAAACAGUCGCCACUCUCUUCUGACCUUGGGCCCCUUGCCCUUUAGACCAUCAGUUCCUGUCUCUUUGACAUCAGACCAGGUCCAGCUGCUCUCAUCUCCCACGAAGCUCAAGAUGGUGUGAAAACAUUUACCCCACACCUUGCUUCCUACCUGCACUGAGGCACUGGAGCUGCCCAGUCCAGCCAUCUCAGGCACUGAUCAUCCCGUUGGAAGUGCAGGAGGCUGAGGCACGCUGAGAGGGGUGUGUCAGGGUCACUCACAGAGCAAGGCUGUGUGCAGGAACUGGAACCCACCUGGGCCAGCUCUGAUUGUGCAGCAAGAGCAGAGCUCCCCAACUUACUGUUUCCAGGGAGGGUUUCGGGGUGAGGACAGGUUUGGCCCAGGAGACUAGCUGGAGGCCUGGUGGUUGUCAGGUGCCUACUUUGGACACAGAUUUAAAUGGUCCCUAAGAGCCAGGAAACAGGAGAAGCGAAGUCUUUGCUCCCUCCAAGCUCACCCCCUGAGCAUCAGUGCCCUCGUGAUGACAAAGAGGCCACCCUGGAAACACCGCUGCUCCCUCCUCAGCCGGGACCGUCAUCUCCUCCUCUGCCACCAGGGGGCGCCCCGAGCCCGCUGGAGAGACGCGCUCCCCGCCCCCUCUCCUGCCCCGAGGGAACCAUCGCAAUCGCUGUGCUGCUCAGCCAGCCCGACCACAGCCUCCCGCCGCGUGCAGCCUCCCCGACUCCCCGACCCGUCCUACGACCCCUUCAAUAAACAGUUGGGGCCUCCGCC